AUGCAUUCUUUCUUAUUCGUUGGUAAUCAUAAAUCACAUCCGGCACAAGAUUAUAGUCGAACAUCGAAUAUUAAUACUCGAGAUGAUUUUAUUAAACGUGCUGAACAGGAUCGAGAAAAACGCGAACUUACGCGGAAACAACUAUAUUCGGCGAUUAAAAUACAAACUUUUUAUCGAAGAAUAUUAGCGCAAAAACGACUCAGACGAUUAGCUCGUGAGCGUAUAUCAAACCUAUUAAUUCAACUUCAAUCAAGUUCAUUCGAUGAAGAAAAUCUUGUACAUCUAGCUAAUUUAAUUGAUUUUGGCUUUAAACCAAGCGCUGAUGCUCCACUGAUGAUGUCAUUGAUUGAAUCAUGUUGGAAACAUCGAAUAGCAAUUAUGGAAAAGCUUUCCAUUGGUAAUCUUUCUUUGAAAAUUGCCAUUGCGAAAUUAUUAAAAUAUGCAGUCAGAUGUCUUUCAAAUUUUGAAUCUAUACGAUUACCCACACGAUUCAUCGAAUGGUUUACUGAUAUAAAAAGUUAUACAAAUGAAAACGUCGUUAUUUCUCAAAAUUUAAAUGUGCUCACAAGUUAUUUUCUAAGGAAUAUUAUUCUAAGCGGCUACUAUACACAAAUGUGUUCUGUUAUUCAAUCAAAAGUUCCAGCCGAUGUUAGUAAAACAAGUCGUAUACCAGCUAUUGAAACAAUUGUUGAACUACUUGCUCGACCUAUUGAAUAUCAAUUGUUAGAUUCUAGUGUUAGAGAUGAAGCAUUAAAUGCUCUUCGUAAUGAAUUAUUCUCUCGUUCGGAUCUUGCUGGAUUGCCUUUAAUUAUCACGCCAACGCUUGUUCAUCGUGCAAAUUUUCCUGCGAUACGUUAUAUUGAAUUAAUUGAUUUCAAUCCAACAUUUCCAACAGAUUCUUUUUCAUAUAAAAAAUGGAAACUAUAUCAAUUACAUGCUUUUCUUUUAAUUAUUGAUAGUCGGAUCGAUAAAUUACCAAUAUCAUUAACGAGAAAAAUAGUUACAGUUAUUCGUUACUUCAUUGAUGUUUUAAUUACAAGACGAAGUCUUAAUAAACUACCAAUAUCUGUUAAUGACAUAGACGAAGAAGAUACAAAUGAACAAAUGGAUGUAGAAAGUGAAGCUCGAGACGAACCUGAUUGUGAACUCAUUGAAGAUUGUUUAUCAAUAUUGAAUAAACGAACAAUUACAAAUUAUUGCAUUCAACUGACAAAUCUAAAAGAUCAAACAUUAACAGAAAAUAAUAGUGAAUAUAUUGCAAAUUUAGCUGCUAUUGCUCAUAGUAUGAUUCUUUUUCAUCAAUAUGAAUCAAUACUUCGAUCAAACUUUCUAAUGACCUUAAGUACUUCACCCGUAUUUCUUGCACAUUUAUGGACAGUUUGUCGGAAUCUUAAAUAUCAAACUGAUUAUCGAGAAAAUGUUUUUCUCCUUUCACAUAUAUCCUGUGCUAGUUCAUCACUUAAAGAUAUUGAUAUUGAUCGCAUUGAAUCAUUACUUGUCACAUUUGGUUCAUUAUAUAGUAUGUCACUUGUGCCAUUACAUGAUGAUGAAUUUUUUCUUGGGCCCCCACACACUGCAUUUCAAAUGAAUGAAAUUUCGGACAUGGUCAGAACAUUACGCGAUGUAUGCAUGGGAAUAGUUAGAUUUAUGUAUCCAGAUAAACAAAUAAGUAUGCAAUCAACCAAUACGACAAUAGGUACAAAUGAUGAUAAAGAAUCGCAAACGAAAGCAAAUCGAACACAAAAACAAGUUGAACUUGCACAAAAGCGAGCAUCGAAAUUUUCAAUGAUUUUUAAAAUAAUUGUACAAUUACUUCAACAAAUCCGAUCGAGAGAUGUUCGAAGACGAUUUUGUCCACAAGAAAACUGGUUAACUAAUCAAUGCCCAUUGAAUCUUGAUAAGAUUUAUUUACUGCCACUUACUCGUGGUCUAUCUGAUCCGUCGCUUCUAUCAUUCGGUAACCAUUCAAAUCUGGAUCAAACACCUGAUGCGUUUCCAUUCUCUGUGACUGAACUUCGUGUGUUAACUGUUUUGAAACAAAUACCAUUCGUUAUACCAUUUGAUAAACGUGUUCAAGUUUUCAAUAUGUUAAUUCAUCAAAAUAAAAGUGAGCAACAAGUGGGUGCUGACUUUCUACAAAGUGGUUCAUCAGUCAAUAUUCGCGUUCGUCGAGGUUAUAUUUAUGAAGAUGCUUUCGACAAACUUAGUCCACAAAAUGAGCCAAAUCUUCGACGUAAAUUUCGUGUGAGCUUUAUAAAUGCAGCAGGACUUGAUGAAGCUGGCAUUGAUGGUGGUGGCUUAUUUCGUGAAUUUAUGAAUGAACUACUUAAAACAUCAUUUAAUCCAAUACGUGGUCUAUUUAAAUUAACGAGCGACGGUUAUUUAUAUCCAAAUCCAAAUGUAGCUUUUAUUGAUGAAAACUUCGGUCCACAUUAUUAUUUUCUUGGUCGUAUGUUAGGAAAAGCAAUUUAUGAAAAAUUUCUUGCUGAACUACCAUUCGCAACAUUUUUCUUACAAAAAAUUCUUUCACGUUCAUCGGGAAAAGUUGAUAUCGAUCAUUUAGCUUCAUUAGAUCCUGAAAUGUAUAAGAAUUUACUGUAUUUAAAAAACUAUACUGGUAAUGUCGAAGACUUAGGUUUAGAUUUUACCAUUGUCAAUAGUGAAAUUGGUCAAACACAAGUUAUCGAAUUAAAAGCAAAUGGCCGAAACACAGCUGUAACAGAAGAAAAUCGUAUUGAAUAUAUUCAUCUUGUUGCUAAUUAUAAAUUAAAUAAACAGAUUAAUGAACAAGUAUUGAAAUUUCGUCAAGGCUUGUCUGAUGUUAUUGAUCUUGAAUGGUUAAGAAUGUUUGAUGCUAAUGAAUUAAGAAUUUUAAUAUCCGGUGCACCAGGAGAAAUUGAUGUUGACGAUUGGAAAAAUUUUUGCCAAUAUAAACCACCCUAUAAUAAAGAACAUCCAAUAAUACAAGCAUUUUGGAAAUGUGUUUCUGAAUUUACAGAAGAUCAAAAAAGAAAAUUAUUAAAAUUUACUACAAGUUGCUCACGGCCACCAUUAUUUGGAUUUAAGGAAUUGUAUCCUGAAUUUAGUAUUCAAUCGGCUGGUUCUGAAAUCGAUCGUCUACCAACAUCAAAUACAUGUAUAAAUCUGUUAAAAUUACCUGAAUACCAAGAUGGAAAUAUGCUGAAAGAAAAACUUUUAUAUGCUAUUCAAGCAGCUGCUGGAUUCGAAUUUAGUUGA